GCGGCCAUGACACUUUCCCCUCAUCGGAUCAUUGUUUACAUCAAACGGAGAGUUACAGAGGAAGUAUCUUUAAUAAGGUUGAAUGAAAUGGAUUGUCAUCUUAAUGCUACAUCUGUGAAGUUGUAAGAAGAAUGGAAAAGUGAAUUGAAAACAUUAUACAGUUCUAUCUCUGCAGUCAUCUACCUAUGAUACCCGUAGCAUUGGUUUGGUAUCGGUAACUACUGUUUAAUGGGGUAGAAAUCGUGAUAUUUGCUGUUACGUACGUCUCUUGGAGGAGGGAACGCAACACCCUGCUACAACUCAACUCCCCGUGGAGUGAAAAAGGUAUGAACCCUUGGACAUACAGGUACCUCCAGCGCUCCCUCCUGCCUCACAUUCGGCCCCUGUCCCUGGUGAUCUACUCCAGGCCCCCUUGUAUCCACCCCAGGCUUCUGAACUUGCCCCAGUGGGGUGAAGACCAGAAGAGGGUGAUGUCCUUCCUGCCUCAGAAUGUGCUGGGUGGAGAACUUCAGUGUUGUUCCACAGUGCAAUAAGUUCUUCCUGAAUGGGUCAACUCCAAAUCUCCCAGGUAUUUUGUAUGAUGGGACAGUCCAGAACCAGGGCCAGAACCAGAACCGCUACAAGCCGAUCUGCCAGAAGUACAAAAACUUCUACAUGUUUGCAACUCUCUACGACACGACCAACAGGAUCCCUGUGUUCUCAGCCUACACCUUCACUGGUUAUACAUCAGGUCGACCAAUAGAUCGCUGGAUGAUCGAGCCCCAGCUCGACAACAACAACCAUGAAAUGCAGGUGGAUCAUCCAUACCAGGCUGGGAACUCCGACUAUAUUAACUCAAUACCAAGUAAAGAUGUGACCAGAGGUCACCUCUUCCCAAAUUCACAUGCUCAUGACCUUGAUACUCAGAAGUCCACCUUUACCCUGACCAACAUCGUUCCCCAGGUGGUGUCCUUCAACGAUGGCAGCUGGAAGGAAAUGGAGAGAAAUGUCAGAGAAAAGCUGAUGACGGACUGUUUUAGUAACAACAGGAAUAUAGAAGCUUAUGUGGUGACUGGAGCAGUUCCCAACAACAACAACAACAACAACAAACUGAACAAACGAGUGAACAUCCAGUGGACAACCUUCUGCUGUGAAUACAGACAGUUGGUGGCCGGAGGGGGGGAAAAGGAGGACCAGAAGAAAACAUUGUCAUCAAAAACCUUGGCAGAAUUGUUUGACAAGCUGAACCAGGGUUAUGAUGAUGGUGUCCAGCUGUUACCAGAUCAGACCUCAAAUACCUUCGCAGAACUGUUUGACAAGCUGAACAAGCAGUAUGGUGAUGGUGUCCAGCUGUUACCAGAUCAGACCUCAAAUACCUUCGCAGAACUGUUUGACAAGCUGAACAGGCAUAAUGAUGAUGAUGUCCUGGUGAUCCCAAAUAAGUGUCUAAAUGUUGAUACUCAGACAGCGCUUCCCCUCAAGGAUGGGGAUGGGGGGGAUGAACAUGAUCAUUGUGUCUAUGAUGAUGACUGUGUCUGUUCCUCUGUUGGGGUCAAAGGUUAUUACCUACCUGUUGUAUUUGUUUCUGUGCUGGUGAUGAUGAUGUAGUGACAUAACCACCAGGAACCUGUGACAUCAUCAGGUCAAGCAGGUAAUAAUGGACCUGGUUUAGUCUGACCUGAGUUUCACGCUGUGAUCAACAUUCACUUUUAAUGACAAUACUUUCUGAACUAUCAGCACAGUAGACUACUGACCUGACCUGCUUUAGUAGACUACUAACCUUACCUGCUGUAGUAGACUACUGACCUGACCUGCUUU